UGUAAUGAUUUAUGGAUUUUAACCAUGCAGGUCGUGAUAGCUUUAUCUCUGGCAGCGACAGUUCUGGCCCAAAGACAACAGUACUUUGACAACGAACAGGGCUCAGUGAGGAAGCCGCAGCCAGUGGAUGAUCAGAGGCCUUCCUCGUCACAGGAUCGUUACACCACACCAAUACCCAUAAUCCGGUUCGACAAAGAACAAAGCGCAGAUGGCAGCUACAAAACAAGCUACGAGACAGGGAACAACAUCAUCGCCGAGGAGACUGGUUUCCUAAAAAAUCAAGGUGUCGAAAACGAGGAGGCGCUAGUGCAGCAUGGUAGUUACUCGUAUACAGCACCAGAUGGCAGUAUCAUCACUGUUACGUACACAGCUGAUGAACAGGGAUUCAGGGCGGAGGGAGCCCAUCUACCCACACCGCCCCCCAUUCCAGCGGAGAUUCAGAAGUCUCUGGACAUCAUUUACGAACAAAUUAGAGUGCAACAGGUGGGUAAAUGCCACGAACAUUACCAAUAUCUAAACAUUCAAAGAAAAUUAUGGCUGUAUUAGGGAAUUACAGAAGGAAUGUAUUUUUAAUGCGCUUCGAAAAUAAUUUUCAGUAUCAGACCUGCCAGUGAAUCUAAAUUCUCUAAAAAUACGUCAAUUGUGACAGGAAAUUCCACUUCCAGUCUUUUCCCUCUCUGCUAAGAUACACAAUCCGAGUUCUACUGGCUUCCACUCUUCGGUUAUAGUCUUGUCGAAAUUAAUGUCGGCCAGCGGAGAGAUUUCCGUAGCAACUACACACAACAAUUUUACCCUUACUGCGGGUUUCAUAUUUGUUAUUACUCUAGUAAUUUCGUACUUUCUAUCCAUCGGUUCGUAUGCAACAGUGUUAACACUACACAGCCAAUU